GAGCGUAUAUGUUAAAUAGGAAUUAUAGGUUAUGUUUAAUUUAUAUCAAAACAAACUCAAUUUGGUCAUUAUAACUUAGUUUAAUAGGCCGAUUGUUUAAAAAACAAUUAAUAUAAGAUGUCGGAGUCUAGUGAAAUAUUGACAAAACUGGAUAAAUUCAGAGCGAAAACUAUUGAAAGUUUAUCAGAAAUCGAUGAGUUGGAUGUAGUAUGUAAGUCUAUUGUACAACGCUAUUUAAACGAUAUUCAGUCAAUUAACUCAUCUGCUCUCUUUAAAAUACAAGCAAUUAUUGAUUAUAUGCAUGAACAAGUGCAUAUUGGUAACUGGAGAGAGGUUCCUGAGUACGUGAGAAAGACAAUAACUGUGGCUGCAUAUUUAAAGCUACUGGGUCACGUUAAGUGCGCAGAUGUGUUCACCAACGAUGCUAUAAAGGAAUCAUUUAAAAUUAUUGAUUUCGGUUUGGUGUUUGGUUGCCCAUUAGAUUCAGAGCCUGAUUUGCUACAUGACUGUGUGACUAUACUGAAUCCCUUCCAUGAGAAGGUGUACAGAAAUGUUAGCCUUACAUUAGACAGCAGCGCAAGUGGAACUGCUGCUGUAGAUGUCAGUAAAUUGAAUGCCAUACCAAUUGAAGUCCUUCAAUUCCCAUGUUUGUCAAAGUUCUACUCAAAUGUUGUCCUUGGAGAGAAACCUGUUAUAUUGGAUAACACAUUUAACCACUGGCCAGCACUGGCUAAAUGGAAAGACCAUAAUUACUUUGUAAAGUUAGCUGGAAUGAGAACCGUGUCAAUUGAAAUUGGAAGCAGUUAUACUGAUAAAGAUUGGACACAGAAACUUAUGACUAUUGAAGACUUUAUCAAAAACCACAUUUGCCAGAACAAAGUUUCUGGUUACUUAGCCCAGUAUCAGCUAUUUCAACAAAUACCAGAAUUAAAAAAUGAUAUUGCGCAGCCAGAUUAUUGCUGUUUUUCUGACAAUGAGGAACCCGUUGAUACUAUGGCAUGGUAUGGCCCUAAGGGCACUAUUUCUCCUCUGCAUCAUGAUCCAAAAAAGAACUUGCUCACUCAAAUAGUUGGAGAAAAACAGCUAUUUUUAUUUUCCCCUGAAGAUUCUGAGAACUUAUACCCACAUGAACAUGAAUUACUGCAUAAUACUGCAAGAGUGGAUCCUACAGCACCAGAUUUAGAAAAGUAUCCUAAAUACAAGAAUGCAAAGCCUUAUCAUUGUGUGCUACGGGCUGGGCAAAUGCUAUAUAUUCCACCUAAAUGGUGGCAUUACGUUCAAUCCCUCUCUAUAAGUUUCUCUGUUAGUUUUUGGUGGAAUUGAAGAGCCUUGCUUAGAAAAUGAAGGAUUGGUUUAUCAUGAUGGAAGAUUAUAGAAGUCAACAGGUUAGUAAAACUUUAUUGUAAUAAACAAUUAUCAAUUGUAUUCUUUAUUGAUGGCUCUGCCAAUGAGCA